GCCCUCGCGGCUGCUAACCCUCGUGGGAAUGGCUUUGAACUUCCAGAAGCAAAAGGGUUUAUUGCCUCCGACUUCGGAGUUUAAUUUGUUUUCCAACUCCACCAAACGCAGCAAAGAAGCAGCAGAACUCUACCCCCAAGACGUCGCCAAGAGCAUCCGCUUCACGAACAAAAGCCACCCCGAGUGCGCGGCCUUUUCCCCCGACGGCCGCUAUUUGGCCAGCGGCUCUAUUGACGGGUUUGUGGAGGUUUGGGAUUGGCAGUUGGGGUGUUUGAACAAGGACUUGAAGUACCAGCGAGAGGGUUUGGGGUUUGGGGGCUGCCUCCAGAAUAACCUCAUGAUGCACGAGACGGCUGUCGUCGCCAUCGCCUUCAGUCGGGACAGCGAAGCCCUAGCAACAGGAAGUCAGACGGGCCAGCUGAAGGUCUGGUUGGUGGCAACAGGGCAGUGCAUUAAAAAGAUAGACAAGGCUCACGAUGCAGCCAUCGCCUCAAUUUGCUUCAGCAAAGACAACACGCACUUGCUGACGGGCUCUUUCGACACAACUGCCAGGAUUCAUGGCUUGAAGGCUGGGAAGACGCUGAAGGAGUUUCGGGGGCAUUUGACUUUUGUGAAUUGCGCUUUAUAUUUGCCGGACAACACGCGCAUCAUCACAGGAAGCGCGGAUGGAAAGAUUAAACUCUGGGACGCAAAAACCCAAGACUGCCUCUCCACUUUUACCCCCCCAGUGCCUCCCCACAUGCAGGCCGUGCAGUGUUUGCCUUCAGUGAUGUCAAUUAUUUUGGCGCCCCGGAACGUGGGGAUGGACUUGAUUUAUGUUUGCACCAAAAGCAACACCAUCAGCUUAAUGAACUACAGCGGCAAAACAAUUAAGAGUUGGUCUUCAGGCAAAAAGCAGGGCGGAGAUUUCGUUGCUGCUUGCGUUUCUCCCCACGCAGAGUGGGUCUUGUGCGCUGGCGAAGACCAUUCUCUUUACUGCUUUGCAAAUGCCACGGGAAAGCUGGAGCAUGUUAUGAAGCCGCGCCCGCGACAGCUGCGCCUCGACUUGGUGCCUCUUCGCUCUGCUGCUGCUGCUGCUGCUGCUGCUGCUGCUGCUGCGGUGUAUGUACACCUCAAGAUGGAGAGCGACGCAGCAGCAACGCAAAACCAAAACAGCAACACAGCAGCAGCGGGACCUGAUGGCUCAGCAGCAGCCGCGCAGCAGCCCUUGAAGGCAGGGGCUGAGUCCCCUGCUGCUGCUGCUGCUGCUGCUCCUGCUGCUGCUGCUGCUGCUCCUGCUGCUGCUGCGUCGGUUCCGCAAGGAAACGGCGCGCUGCCGGUGAAGCGGGAGGAGCCGCUGCUGUCCCCCAAGUCUGAAGUCGACGCAGCAGCAGCUGCAGCAGCAGCAGCAGCAGCAGCAGCGCCGGAAGCAGCUGCAGCAAAGCCAGCAGCAGCGGCCGACGCUGCUGCUGCUGCUCCCGCUGCUGCUGCAGUAAAGCGCGAUGGGGGCGCCGCAGCAGCGAAGGGCGGAAGCCCCCCCGCCCCGUCCGCAGCGCCUGCUGCUGCUGCUGCUGCUGCGCCUGCUGCUGCUGCUGCUGCUGCUGCUGCUGCUGCGCAGCUGGUGUCUCUGAACCGCGGCGAAGUGGAAAUGAAGCUGCAGCGGCUCUUUGAAAUGUGGGAAGGCCGCGGAAUUAACGCCAAGACAGAAGCUUGGGCAGCAGUCGACGCCAUUUGUGUCUUCGUCGGAAGAGCAGCAGAAGAAGACGAAAGUGCUGCUGAACGCAUCCAGUCGUGGCUGACGGGCUUUCAGUUUUUGGAAACUCUUUUCAUUUUCGUUCGUUCGACGAAAGAGUGGCUGGUUUUGACUUCGGCGAAAAAGGCGGAACACCUGCGGCAGUUGGAGGCGAUUGGGGGUCUUCGGAUUUUCUUGAAAGACGCGCAGGAGGGAAAUUGCAAAAGUCUGCAGCAGAUGGCUGCGGCGCUGCGGCGCGCCGCCGGAGCGGACUCCGACAGCGGCGUGCGCCUGGCGGUCUUCCUGGGCGGCGCAGUGCUGCCGACUGCCGGCACUUUGGCAGCAGACGUAAUUCCGUGGAUUAAGUCUUUUGCAAAUCAAGAAGAAAACAUUGAAGUGCCGCUUUCGCCGCUCACGGCGACGCUGACGCCUUCGGAAGUGGCUCUCGUCGCCGACGCCAGCCGCGUGUCAGUGGCCAUGGUCAAGCACCAGCUGGUCUCCAGAGUGGAGUUCGUUUUGGACAACGGCCAAAACGAGUCCCACAAGAGCAUUUGCGACAGAGCCGAGCUGCUGCUGAAGGACCAGAAGCAGCUGCAGCGCCUCAAGGAGAAGUGCAACCUGGACCCGAGCGAGGUGGAGGUGCUGUUCAAAAACGUGCAGAGUGGCCGUCACUUUGACUUAAGAGCUUCUGCUUUGCCUUCUGCAGAAGCUUUGUCUCAGUCUGAAGGCACAAUUAUUAUUUCUUUGGGAUGCAAAUACAAAGACUUCUGCGCAGCGCUUUGCCGCACUUUCAUUCUCAAUGGCAAAAAGGUAACACCCGAAGCUGCAGCAGCAGCAGCAACUGCAGCAGCUGCAGCAGCAACUGCAGCAGCAACUGCAGCAGCAGCUGCAGCAGCAGCUGCAGCAGCAACUGCAGCAGCAGCUGCAGCAGCAACUGCAGCAGCAGCUGCAGCAGCAACUGCAGCAGCAGCUGCAGCAGCAGCAGCAGUUUGUGGCUGUUGGGAGCGUGGGCUGUUGGGGUGCGGGGUGUACGUACAGGAGCAGAAGGAGACUUACGAGCUGGCGCUGGAGCUGCAGCAGCACUUAAUUGGAAGUUUAAAAGUUGGAAUUUCUUUUUCUGCCAUUCACGAAAAAGCAAUUUCGUUUUUGGCUUCGCGGAAACCUGCGCUGUCUAGACACCUCGCGAAGAACGUCGGCCACUCCAUCGGCGCGCACUACCGAGACCCUCGAGUCUUCAUCGAACCUGAAAUGGCCUUUUUGGUCAGCGUGGCUUUCAGCGACUUAAAAACUGCCGAAGGAAAAGAAUAUGCAGUUUGGCUCGCAGACACUGUCUGGCUCCGUCCAGACGGCACCACUCAAGUGCUGACGGAGGGCCUUUCUUCGCAGCUGGCGUACGUGAACUACGAACUGGACGAGGGGGAAGAAGAAGCAGCAGAAAGUCCUUUGAAGGCGAAGAGCAGCAAAGAGGGGCGGCGGGAGAAGCGGGAAGAAGGCGAGUUGGUGGAGAAGAAGAAGUCUCGGGAAAAGGAAAAGGGAAAAGAAAAAGAAAAAAAAGAAAAAGAAAAGAACUCCGAGAAGUCCGAAAAACCCUCCAGCGGUACCAUCUCCGCCAGCGUCUUGAAAAACGCUGAAAGCCUCAUUUUGAAAGACAGACUCCGCAGAAGAGAUAAUGGAUCUGCUGCUCACAUGGAAGCAGCAGAAGAAAGAGACAACAGGCAGCGCGAACUCCGCAAAAAAAAGCUCUCCGCGCUGCAGCAGCGCUUCGCCCGCGAAGAAGCCGAAGACGGCGGCGACGAGCAGCAGCAAAAACGCCAAAAGAAAAUGCAAGACUUGCGGGCCUUCAGCUCUCCCGAGGAGUUUCCCAAAGACUUGCGGCCCAGCAAACUGUACGUGGACAUGAAGUCGGAGUGCCUCUUCGUGCCCUUUCCCGGCCACCACUUGCCAUUUCAUUUGUCGACGGUGAAGAACGUGACUUGCAGCGAGUCGGAGGCGAACUUGGGAGCAGCAAGAGCAGCAGCAGCAAGCAGCAAGCCGAGUCGCUUUUCCAUUUUGCGAAUUAAUUUCCAAGUCCCAGGAUCUCAAACUCUGACGCAAAAAGGAGAGGAAAACCCUUUGCCAGACAUCGCCGGCAAAAACCAACUCUUCGUCAAAGAACUCAUGUUCAAAAGCGAAGACAGCCGCCACCUCCAAAACAUCUACAGGACCAUCAAGGAGCAGCUGAAGCGGGUGAAGCAGAAAGCCGCGGAAGACCUGCAGUACCCCGGAGAGCUCGCGGCUCAGGAAAAGUUGGUUUUGAACAGAUCUGGAAGAAGAAUUCUUUUGAAAGAUUUGAUGAUCAGGCCGAACAUCUCGACGGGCAUGCGGAAGCUGAUCGGCGCGCUGGAGGCGCACACCAACGGCUUGCGGCAAGUGUCACUGCUCGGGUGUCAGUUCACCGUCAACACCCGCGGCCAAAUGGACGUCGUCGACAUCACUUAUGCAAAUAUCAAACACGCAAUUCUGCAGCCUUGCGAAAGAGAGUUAAUUGUUUUGGUUCAUUUCCACUUGAAGGCUCCUAUUUUGGUGGGGAAAAAGAGAACUCAAGACGUUCAGUUCUACACGGAGGCGGGGACGCAGACGGACGACUUGGACAACCGGCGGAACCGCUCUUACCACGACCCCGAUGAGACUCUGGACGAAAUGCGGGAAAGGGAAAUGAAAAAGAAAUUAAAUGGAGAGUUCAAAAGAUUUGUUCAGCAAGUCGAAGAAGUUUCGAAAGUUGAAUUCGACUUGCCCUACAGGGAGUUGCGUUUCUCGGGAGUGCCGCUGAAGUCGAACGUGGAGAUUUUGCCAACAGCAAAUUGUUUGGUCCAUUUGGUGGAGUGGCCGCCCUUCGUGCUGCCGCUCGAAGACAUCGAAAUUGUGUCUUUUGAGCGGGUGGCCCACGGACUCCGCAACUUCGACAUGGAUUAUAACAAGCCCGUGAAACGCAUCGACUUGAUCCCAAUUGAAUAUCUCGACAACUUAAAGAGAUGGCUCAACGAACUCGAAAUCGUUUGGUAUGAAGGAAAGCAAAACUUGAACUGGGCGGCCAUUCUGAAGGAAAUUCGCGACGACCCUCGCGGUUUCGUGGAAGACGGCGGAUUCGACAUGUUCUUGGGCGACGUAAACGGCAGCGAAGAAGAGGGCGAGGAAAGCGAAGACGACGACGACGAGGAAUACGCGGAGCAGUCUUCGAGUGACGACGACAAGGAGUUCAACGCCGAGGGCUCGGACUCGGGCGAAAGCAGCGGCGGCGGCAGCGACAGCGACUUCUCUUCAGAUGAUUCUUCUUUGGCGGACGAAAGCGACGACGAAGAAGCUGCAGCAACCGACGAAGACGAAGAAGAAGGACUCAGCUGGGACGAACUCGAAGAAAGAGCCAAAAAAGAGGACAGGAAGCGCCGCGCCGACGAGGACUCGGAAGGGGAGGAGACGCGGACAAGAAAAAAGCGGAAGUGA